UCUAACUCAUCACACACUCUUUAUCCUAUACCUCCUAUUCAUCUACAGGCCGACAUAAUAAUAUUAUACGUCGUUAAGUAUGCUUACUUCUAAGGUCACAUCUCCUAAGCCAUCAAAGCGUCGCGGGUUGGAAGAAAAGACGACCGAUGACUCUACUCGGAAAAGGCGUCGACGGGCAUUUUCCUGCUUGUCAUGUCAGAAGUUGAAGUGCAGAUGCGAAUAUGAUACCGGUGCUCAAGGUUGCCACCGAUGCCAAACAUUGAGGUUAGCAGAGUAAUAUCUUUAGCGAUUAUCUUACGUGUAGACUAAUGAUCUUCGUAAUGAAAAGAAUUGACUGUUCCCUCCGCGGAGAACAUGCUUUAUCACCGCCUAACUCCGUACCUGAGCAGCCCAAUCUGAAAAGCAAUGUUCAGGAGAGGUACUUGAGUAAUUUUCACCCCUCCCUUCAUCCCCUUCUAGCCCCGAAUGCGCUCAUACGGGCACCUGGAUAUCAUGUUGGCUAAUAAACAAGCCAAGGCUCCAACGUUGCGAAGAUGAGCUUCGGGAGAUCAAGACCAUGUUGAAAGAUUUGACCUCAUCUGCCCAGUCACAUAAUAACCAAACCCGGGACGAUAUAGAUACUCCCAACAAUAAUGAUAGACGUGCAUCCCCCGAGGAACAAGAAACCCCUAUUCCAGGUUACUUCUCAAUCCCAGCUGAUAAAGGAGCUCAAUCUGCCCCUAUUGUUGUGCUGAGAUCUAUAUCGCAGCAAAUCACAAGAGGUUACAGGCGAUUGUUGGGGCAUAUUAAUCUUGACUUUGUACAACUUCAAUUACUCGAUGAACAGACGGCGAACCAUCUUAUCCAGCUAUACUGUCGCCAUCAAAGUCACAAUAUCCUUGUGUGCAGCCUCGAGGAUUUAACCACAAGAAAUGGCACACGCAAGGUGUCGACUUUUUUACGAAGUGUCUGCUGUCUGAUUGGUAUCACCUAUGAUGAGGGUAUCUGCGGCACCCAGUUGCAUAGACAGAUUUACGAACAAGUCCGGGUCACACUGGGGCAAGCCCUCCUCUCAAGUCCACUGAAUCUUGAAGAGAUUAACGCUGUGCUUAUUAUGAGUGAUAAUGCAAAUAGUCCGAGUAGUCAAGGAGUUGACUACAUCGACAGCUGGCUGUUGACUGGCUAUUGUGCUAAACAAGCGAUGCUCAGCAUUAGUUUCUCCAAGAUAAUCAGCAAUAUCAAGCAAGGAAGCUCAACAGCAGAUGACGAAAAGACCAUCCAUUUAUGGUGCAAGAUAUGUCUCCACCACUUGCACUGGGCAGCGACAACAGGCAGGCCAUCGAUUAUACCAAUCCCUUACAUCGACCAGUGCAAUAUCCUGCUUAGCUUUUAUCGGGCUACCAUGCAAGAUGGAAUGCUCGUCGCUGAGAUACUUCUCUUCUCCGCGCUGCACGAAAAGCUCGCGCACCAGUCGUACUUGGGAGAUGGCGGCGAAUGUAAAGAGUUUCUAUCAUGGAAGGAGAAAUGGAACCACUUGCUAGUGCUCCCGACCUCAUCGCUGUUAAGAAUCGGCUAUCACGGCGCCUGUCUUAUUUUAGCUGUUAGGUCGCUUGAGGAAGUUGGGCAGGGGUUACGGCCUCGUACGUUCCUCUCGGGAACCGAUGGCGACAAUGGGAGCGAUAACGAGAGCCAUGAUCCGACACAGUCAAAGCCGCAUAAGGACGGCGACGGCAAUCUCCUACGGGCCAAUGCGUGCAAGUAUGCCAUGAUCUGUCUACAGACCUUUUUAGAAAUGCCGCGCUUCCGCAUGGAUUCAACGCCAACGUGCCUCUGUCUCUGCAUCGGAUAUUGUGCCCUACUUCUAGCGCAUUAUGACGAAACACAAUCGAAGAUUUCCAAUCAAGUCAGUCUCGACUUAAUUACUCGGAUUGACCAAUGGAUCAGAACAUCUCCCGGUAAAGCGUGGUCAUUCAAGUACGGCAAACUUGCCAAACAAAAAAUAGAAUCUCGAAUUAACGGUGUGUCGAAUUCGACGAGCUCCCAUCAACCGUCAGUGAGAGUCCAUGCGCAGGACCGAGACGAUUUUCAAGAUAGAAUAAAUACGUCGAUUGGACAUGAUGACCAUAGGCCGACUCGCGAGAGUGGGGUUUACCACGCAAGCGACGUGUUCCCUCGAGAGGUCGAAGCCGUCGAGCCCGGAGCUAUCUUUCCUUCCUUUGAUCUAUCUGAACAUGCGAUAUUCCCAACCAUGGAAGACUUCUUUGGUGGCGGCUUCUUGGAUUUUGUAUGAUGAAGCCUAGGUAUAUAUUCCGCGGUUUUACGGCGUUAGGCAAAGCCUCAGUUGCAGAAUCCUAACGCAGCUCUACGCUGAGACAUGAACGUAUCGCGGUUAGAUUGUCCUAAAUAGAGGCGCACACGAAUAAUUAUUUAAAUAUACUAGGUCAACCAGAUUUUCGAGUCCGAAACAAGUCCCAAGCACAACUAACUGGCUAACCUACCGAAUACCUCGUUGAUCAAGAUAGUAACAUACCUGACGUAACGUUAUUUUUAUAUAUAAUUUACUCUAUAAUCGUCUGCUACCCUUCUUGUGUUUAUAUAAGUAUGCGAUACUUAGAUACUUAGGUAGUAUAGUUG